AUGGCUACAGGAGAAUCAUUGCGGCCAUUAGCAUUCGCAUUUCGAAUAUCCCAGAGUUAUAUAACUCGUAUCAUACAGUUGGUCUUAAAAAGUUUAAGUUUACGAUUGCCUGGUAUAUUAUUAAAACCUCCGUCAAAAGAAGAUUUGAUUCAAAUCGCACGGGACUUUUGGGAGAAAUGGAACUUCCCAAAUUGUGUAGGAUCAAUUGAUGGGAAACACAUUCGAAUAUUUUGUCCAGGAAAAAGUGGUUCAUUAUUUUUUAACUACAAAGACUACUUUUCUAUUGUUUUACUGGCAAUAGUUGAUGCAAACUGUAAAUUUAUUUACGUCGAUAUUGGUUCAUACGGUAAAGAAGGUGACAGUGGGAUCUUUUCAAAAUCAAGUUUAUAUAAGUUAAUUAAACAGGGAAAAUACUUUCCUCCUAACGCAAAACUUCCUUCUUCAAAUCAAACGUUACCAUAUGUUCAUGUUGGCGACGAAGCGUUUCGUUUGGAGACACACAUGAUGCGACCAUACACACGUGGAGAAGCCAGAAAAGAUUACGAAAAAACCAUUUUCAAUUAUCGCUUGUCGAGAGCUCGAAGAACUGCAGAAAAUAGUUUUGGCCUUCUCAGUCAAGUAUUUAGAGUAUUUUAUUCACCCAUCGCUUUAAAAUCUGCAACCACUGACCACUUAGUGCUAUCAGCUUGUUGCCUCCAUAAUCUGCUUAGAAGUAGAUACAUAGAAAACACUUUUAAUUAUUAUUAUAAUUUUGACUGCAGCGAAACUGAACCUUCACAAAAUAUGAUAGGUCUUGCUCGAGCAGGAGGGUAUGCUAAUUUUGAAGGAUUUCUGGUUAGAGAUGAAUUUAAAAAAUUUUUCAACUCCGAAGAAGGAGCUGUUCCAUGA